GUGGAGGAGACCCAGUACGCGGUGGACCAGAACCAGCUGAAAGAGUACUUCCCCAUGGAGGUGGUGACCCGGGGCCUGUUGGACAUCUACCAGGAGCUGCUCAACCUCACCUUUGACCUGGUGGAGGGCGCUCCUGUGUGGCACGACGACGUCACCCUCUACUGCGUCAAGGACCGCACCUCAGGCACGGUGGUGGGCCAGUUCUACCUGGACCUCUUCCCAAGGUGAGUCGGAGGAAAGCAGAGGAGAUCAAAAAGGGGCAAGGAUUUUAAAGAUUGCCGCCUUUGGUUUACUAUUUUAUUUUAUUUAGCCUUUAUUUUAACAGGAAUUCAUGCUGAGACCAAGGUCUCUUUCACAUGUGCCCCCUGUGUACACAUCAAACACAUAAAUAUACACUAUACACAUCAAUAUACAUCAAUACUUCACAAUACCAGUAUAUACGGCUAUACCCAUCAGCUAACCCUAUACACACCAAGCUAUCCACAUCAAUAUUUGACUAAAAUCAAAUACACAUCAAUAUCCACUCAAAUUCACUUUACACAUCAUAUUCCAUCCAAUAUACACUAUACACAUAAAUUUCCACAUCAUAACCUCAUACACCUCCAUCUACACUAUAAAUACAACAUCAAUAUUAUAUAAUAUAAUACUAUACACAUCAAUAGUCACAUCAAUAUACACAUCAAUAUUCACAUCAAUAUACACUAUACACAUCAAUAUACACUAUACACAUCAAUAUACACAUCAAUAUACACAUAUACACAUCAAUAUACACUACACAUCAAUAUACACAUCAAUAUUCACUAUACACAUCAAUAUACACAUCAAUAUUCACUAUACACAUCAAUAUACACAUCAAUAUUCACUAUACACAUCAAUAUACACUAUUCACAUCAAUAUUCACAUCAAUAUUCACUAUACACAUCAAUAUUCACAUCAAUAUACACUAUACACAUCAAUAUUCACAUCAAUAUACACUAUACACAUCAAUAUACACAUCAAUAUACACUAUACACAUCAAUAUACACUACACAUCAAUAUACACAUCAAUAUUCACUAUACACAUCAAUAUACACAUCAAUAUACACAUCGAUAUACACUAUACACAUCUAUAUAUAUAUAUAUAUUAUAUAUAUAUAUAUAUAUAUAUAUAUAUAUAUAGACUAUACACAUCAAUAUACACAUCGAUAUACACAUCAAUACACAUCAAUAUUCACAUCGAUAUACACUAUAAACGUCAAUAUACACUAUACACAUCAAUAUACACAUCAAUAUUCACAUCAAUACACGAAAAAGCAAAACAAUGUGUUAUGUACGAUGAAUGUUGUGAUAUAUCGAUCUUUUAUAAGGAUUUGAUCCUUUUUGGGAGGGGAAGAAAUCUGUAUUUCAUUGCUCUGCAGAGUUGCAGUUUAAUUUUGUAAAUUAAGUUCAACUGCAAUUAAAAUAAAGAAGGAGCUCACCUUUGCUCGUCAACAUUAUGAGGGAGACAAUAAAAAAAAUAUACAUAUCAAAAGUUUUAGCCAGUCAUGUUCAACAGUCAUGGUGAUUGUGUGUAACCCCCCCCCAGAGAGGGGAAGUACGGCCACGCGGCCUGCUUCGGCCUGCAGCCCGGCUGUCUGCUGUCGGACGGGACCCGCCAGAUGGCGGUGGCAGCCAUGGUGGCCAACUUCAGCAAGCCCACGGCCGACGCCCCUUCCCUGCUGCAGCAUGACGAGGUGGAGACCUACUUCCACGAGUUUGGCCAUGUCAUGCACCAGCUCUGCGCUCAGGUGUGUGUGUGGUGUCAUUACUAGUAUACAACAUUGUUCUGUUCCUAAGCACUGAAAUUAAUGUUUGUCUGAAUAAACCAGGGGGGGCCAGUAUGAACAAUGUAUGCACUCACUAAUUGUAAGUCGCUCUAGAUAAGAGCGUCUGCGAAAUGACUAAAAUGUCAAAAAAAUAAAGGCAUUUUAGUGUGAUGGUUAAUAUAUUUCCCACUCUGGCUGUUAAUUUCCUGUAAAAUCAACCUGAAAGAGUUUGUAAACAAGGACUUCUUGCAAGUCACUUUAAUGCCUGAGAGGGCAGUGUCCUCCUCUGAUUAUUCAAUCUAAAAUAUAUAUACACUGCUCAAAAAAAAAAGGGAACACUUAAACAACACGUCACCCUCAAAAUUAAAGUGGAAAACCACACUAAAGGCUGAUCCAACUUUGAUGUAAUGUCCUUAAAACAAGUCAAAAUGAGGCUCAGUAGUGUGUGUGGCCUCCACGUGCCUGUAUGACCUCCCUACAACGCCUGGGCAUGCUCCUGAUGAGGUGGCGGAUGGUCUCCUGAGGGAUCUCCUCCCAGACCUGCACUAAAGCAUCCGCCAACUCCUGGACAGUCUGUGGUACAACGUGGCGUUGGUGGAUGGAGCGAGACAUGAUGUCCCAGAUGUGCUCAAUUGGAUUCAGGUCUGGGGAACGGGCGGUCCAUAGCAUCAAUGCCUUCCUCUUGCAGGAACUGCUGACACACUCCAGCCACAUGAGGUCUAGCAUUGUCUUGCAUUAGGAGGAACUCAGGGCCAACCGCACCAGCAUAUGGUCUCACAAGGGGUCUGAGGAUCUCAUCUCUGUACCUAAUGGCAGUCAGGCUACCUCUGGCGAGCACAUGGAGGGCUGUGCGGCCCCCAAAGAAAUGCCACCCCACACCAUGACUGACCCACCGCCAAACCGGUCAUGCUAGAGGAUGUUGCAGGCAGCAGAACAUUCUCCACGGCGUCUCCAGACUCUGUCACGUCUGUCACAUGUGCUCAGUGUGAACCUGCUUUCAUCUGUACAGGGCGCCAGUGGCGAAUUUGCCAAUCUUGGUGUUCUCUGGCAAAUGCCAAACGUCCUGCACGGUGUUGGGCUGUAAGCACAACCCCCACCUGUGGACGUCGGGCCCUCAUACCACCCUCAUGGAGUCUGUUUCUGACCGUUUGAGCAGACACAUGCACAUUUUGCAGGGCUCUGGCAGUGCUCCUCCUGCUCCUCCUUGCACAAAGGCGGAGGUAGCGGUCCUGCUGCUGGGUUGUUGCCCUCCUACGGCCUCCUCCACGUCUCCUGAUGUACUGGCCUGUCUCCUGGUAGCGCCUCCAUGCUCUGGACACUACGCUGACAGACACAGCAAACCUUCUUGCCACAGCUCGCAUUGAUGUGCCAUCCUGGAUGAGCUGCACUACCUGAGCCACUUGUGUGGGUUGUAGACUCCGUCUCAUGCUACCACUAGAGUGAAAGCACCGCCAGCAUUCAAAAGUGACCAACACAUCAGCCAGGAAGCAUAGGAACUGAGACGUGGUCUGUGGUCACCACCUGCAGAACCACUUCUUUAUUGGGGGUGUCUUGCUAAUUGCCUAUAAUUUCCACCUGUUGUCUAUUCCAUUUGCACAACAGCAUGUGACAUGUAUUGUCAAUCAGUGUUGCUUCCUAAGUGGACAGUUUGAUUACACAGAAGUGUGAUUGACUUGGAGUUACAUUGUGUUGUUUUAAGUGUUCCCUUUAUUUUUUUGAGCAGUGUAUUUCAUAUUAUACAUGCAUGAUAUUUUUUAUUCAGACUGAUAUGAACAUCAAAUUGUUCCAGUUUGAUGUCUACUACUAACACCUCAGGAUUAGUUUAUUAACAGAUCCCUGUCUCUCCUCUGUCUCUGCUGCUACCAGGCUGACUUUGCCAUGUUCAGCGGGACUCACGUGGAGCGGGACUUUGUGGAGGCGCCCUCCCAGAUGCUGGAGAACUGGGUGUGGGAGAAAGAGCCCCUGCAGCGCAUGUCCAAACACUACAAGACGGGUGCCCCUAUCCCUGACGACCUGCUGGAUAAACUCAUGAAGUCCCGGCUGGCCAACACGGGUGGGUCACUACGAAACAAUGCCCUGGUUCCUUAAUAGAACACCCCUUAACACCUUGUACACCAGUGCUGGAGGUUAGGUUAUUGGGCUGUGGUCACCAAACAGACUCCUGAAGAACUACCUGGUUUACAGGUAUCAGUGUGUUAAAGUGUUAACCCUCUCCCUCCCAUGCAGGUAUGUUUAACCUGCGUCAGAUUGUCCUGGCCAAGGUGGACCAGGCACUCCACACCAAGAAUGGCCUGGACCCGGCCGAGGAGUACGCCCGGCUGUGCCAGGAGAUCCUGGGCGUGCCCGCAUCCUCAGGUCAGAGACAACCUCAACCAAUGAGCCAGACCACCAUCACAGCUGUAGUUUGGUAGCCUGGUCCCAGAUCUGUUUGUGCCAUCUUGCCAACUCCUAUGGUAAUUGUCACAGCUUUUAAACAAUCCUUUCUCUUUGCCAUUGUGCCCAUAGGAACCAACAUGCCUGCCACGUUUGGCCACCUGGCAGGUGGUUACGACGCCCAGUACUACGGCUACCUCUGGAGCGAGGUCUACUCCAUGGACAUGUUCUACGCCCGCUUCAAGCAGGAGGGCAUCAUGAACCCCAAGGUUGGCACAGCUGAGCAAUUUAUUUACAAUCUUAUCUGUUAUUUACAAUGCUGUUUUUACACUUGACCAUCUUCAGCUAUUAUCUAGUAAUUGGUAUCAGCCGUUAUUGAUUCUAGUGACUACCUGCAGCCCUGACUUUGGUUUUUGAGCUCCAAAUGAUUUCACCACGGCAGAAAUGUAAUUGUUUUUUGGCUAAGAUGGCCUUCUGCUUAAUGCCGAUGUCUUUUUCCAUCUCCCAGGUGGGGCUCGACUACAGAAACUUUAUUCUGAAGCCCGGAGGCUCGGAGGACGCUGAACUGAUGCUCAAGAACUUCCUAGGGCGGGAGCCAAAGCAAGAAGCUUUCCUUCUGAGCAAAGGACUAACGGUGGAGCUGGAGGCGGACACUCCAUGUGCCUGUUGA